AUGCCCUCUCUGCCCUCACUUCCUCCCCCUCCGCUUCCGCCGCUGCUGGCGGAAGCAGCCCCGCCUGAGGCAGCCUCACCCGCGCGCCUUCCGCCCGCUCCCGGACGCUUCCUCGCGCCAGUGACGCUUGAGGCGUCUCACAGUGCGCUCUCUCCCAGGCGCUUCCCCGCGCCAGUGACUCUACAGCAGCAGGUGGCGGCUUUUGAGGCGCCUGAAAAGCCGGUGCUCUCCGGUGCGGGUACGGUGAGGUGGGUGAAUCCGAUGUUCGGCGCGGGGGAGGAGGGCAGCGCGGAGAACGAGCAGGAGGCGGUUGGUGAAGAGGCGGGGGUAGAGGCAGGGGCAGGGGAAGGGGAAGGGGCAGGGGCAGGGGAAGGGGAAGGGGAAGGGGAAGGGAAAGGGGAAGGGGCAAGGCGGGAUGAGGUGAUAGAAGGUAAGGGGGGCGGAGGGGCGCAUGAGAGGGAGGAUGGUGAGGUGCAGGAUGGGCGGCACUAUGCGGGGGAGGAUGGUGAGAAGGCCGAGGGACAGUCCGCGACAUGGUAUGCGGAGGAAGGGGAGGUGGAGAGGGGAGAGGAGGAGGUGGGGGAGGAGGAGGGAGAGGAGGAGGGAGAGGAGGAGGGAGAGGGGGAGGAAGAGGAGGAGAAGGGUUCGUGGCUGGCUGCCUCUGGCGAUGGCAGUGAUAAGGACAGUGUUGCUGUGCGUUAUGGAGUCGUAGAGAUAAGCGGAAGGAAGGAACGGGGACUCUUGCCGGAAACGCGUGACACAAGCGGCGCAAGUAACGGCUCAAGCGACGCAGGGGGAGGCGGAGGAGAAGGCGGAGGGGAAGGCGGAGACGGAGGCGGAGAGGGAGGCGGAAAGGGAGUGGGGGGCGGAAGGGAGGCCGAAGAGGAAGGCGGAGGAAGCAACGAAGGGGAAAGCGGAGGUGGAGGCGAGGGGAAGGCGGAGGGAUUGGCGGAGGGAUUGGCGGAGGGAUUGGCGGAGGGAUUUGCGGAGGGAUUGGCGGAGGGAUUUGCGGGGGAGCUGAUGCGGUUAGGGGCGAGCGCGGAAUGGGGGCUCGCGGGGUGGUUUAGGGGCGCGGGAAGCGUGUGGGAUUCCGGAGAUGGUGGGAGUCCGUUUGCCUUCCCCCUAUCGCUGGUCCGCGACCCUUCGUCUUCCCCGCGCCUGUUCGGGUGGGCGUGGGGGGCCAGCGGCACAAGGGGCGCGCGCGCGGACGGCGGAGACGCGGGGAGUGAUGUGCUUGCAGAGGAAGGGGACGUACUAGCGGGGACGCGGGAUGGUGAUGGGGAGAGGGAAGGACGGGGGAAAGGGGAGCGGGAGGAGGAGGGGGAGUGCGAGGGUAUGGGGGAGGGCGCGCGGGAGGAGGAGGGGGAGGGUGAAGGGAUGGGGGAGGGGGAAAGGGAGGAUGAAGGUGUAGAAGAGGGAGAUGGCGGGGGGUUGUGCGAAGAGAGCAGGCUAGAUGCGGGUGGAGGGAAGGGUGGUGCGGAGGGGGAAGAGGACUUUGGGGAAGGGGAGAAACCAAUGCGGCGGGAGGAGGAGGGUGAAGCAGAGGCGCAAGCGAAGGGGAAAGAGUGCACAUACGGGGAGGUGCGGGGGGAGGCAGUGGGGGAUGUUACGGGGGAGACGGGGAUGAGCAAGAGAGGUAGCAGAGGCAAGGGCGGAGGAAAUGGAGAAAGGGAAGAUGAUGGGGUGAGGUUGGUGGUACAGGAGAGUGGUGCGGAGGAGAGCAGAGGAGAAGGUGGUGAGGGGUUGACGGGUGGGAAGGGAGGUGAAGAGGAGAGGGAGGAGGAGAGGGAGGAGAGGGAGGUGGAGAGGGAGGAGGAGAGGAAAGAGAGAGAGGAGCAGAGAGAGGAGGAGAGGGGAGGAGCGGCAGUGGGAGCAUCAGGAGGGGAAGAGCAGACGCAAGGGGAAGCAGGGGAGGAUGCGUUUUCGCAGAGCAAUGCGGACGAGGAGGAGGAUGCCAUGGGGUCAUCAUCGUCUCACGUGCUCAUUGAGCCGGGGCUGGACCUUGCCAGGCUGGACUUGGUCGCUCUUGACGUGGCGUCCUCUGCUGCUGACGUGGAAGAGGAAGAGGAGGACGGCGCUGUUGCUGGUGCUGGCGGUGAUGGUGGUGGUGGUGCUGGUGGCGGUGAUGGUAGUUUGGAAUCCGGGCCGUACAGUGGUGGUUCGGGGGAAAUGUUGCUGGGGGGAGUGAGAGGGGUAGGGGGCAUUGGGGGAAUAAGGGGAAGACACGUGGAUUUAGAUGGAAUCGAGAGAGCUGGAAAGGCGUGUUUGUUCAGAGAGGAGGAGGAGGAGGAGUGGGAGGAUGAAGUGAGUGAGGGGGAAGGAGGGGAGUAUGGCGGAGGUGGUGGGUUCGAUUUUGUGGGCAGCGGAGGAGAGGGAGGGAUUGGGGAGGGAGAGGGGGCGGAUGAGGAGGAAGUGGGUGUGGCUUUUGGUGAUAGCCGUGAUGGGGGGAGGACGUAUGACGAGGAUGAGGAGGAGACGGAGGCGGAGGGGGAGGAGGCGAGGGACCAGGGGAGAAGAGAGGCAGAGGUCUUGGAGGGGCCGGGAGGGGAAAGCGAAGAGGUAGAGGAGAGAGGAAGAGACGAGAGGGAAGGGGAUGAGGAGGGGGGAAAGGAAGGCAGUAGGGAGAUUGGAGUGGAAGAUAGGGGGAAGUUGAAGGGAUGGAAGGAGGAAAACGAUGGGGAGGAGGAGAUUACGCAAGGGGACGAGGGAACGAAGGAAGUGCAGGAAGAAGCAAAGGAAGAAGGACCCAAUGGAAUUCGGGACGGGCAUGAUGCUGCAAGCCAAACGCAGCUGACAGCAAAAAAGACACACGAUGGCAUGGGGGCGCGAAACGGAGAGAACGGCACAGCAGGGAGGCGGGGCGAAUGGGCUCGAGAUCUCUGCUCUGUUGCUGUCCAACACCCAGUUACUGCUGUUCACCCGGCAUUCUCUGCUGAUCAGCCGGCAUCUACAGCUCAGCUGGUGGAGCCUCUUCACCAGUCUCCUCCUCAGCUCUCCUGCGGGCACCUGCAGCAUUCCUCUCAGCCGCUGUUGCCCUCGCUCCCUUUCCCGUACGGCUCCCCACAGCGUUUAUUGUGUUCGGAAGCACGGCCUGAGCCUCAUGAUAGCCGGAGGACACUGCUGCCGCUUCUGCCGCUGCCACCACCACCGGCACCACCGGCAACACAAGUGCCUGAAGGCACAACACGGUUGGUCGAGCCAGGGCUGACAGCAGAAGUAGCAGCACCAGCAACAACAGCACGGAUAAAGGCAGCAGCAACUGUGACUGUGACUGGGGAUGAUGCAACGGAGUACAUUACUGAGCUGGGGGAGACCCUGGAGAGCGCGAGCACGCAGCAGGAGGCGUGGGAGGUGAAGGCGAGACGCGCAGAGGCGGAGGUGGGGGCUCUCAGAAGACAGUCAACCGCAGCGAGGGAGCACGUGAGCGCAGGUCUGCGGCAGCAGGUGCAGGUGGAGCGGCAGAGGAGAGGGCGGGAGAGAGGGGCACAGGUGGAGGAGCGGCAGCAGUGGGUGCAAGCAGUGAUGCGCCUCAGAGCUGCUGUUAACCCGCGCCUGGCGCAUACAGGCGGUGUGGGAAGAGGAGCGUGGGGAGGAGCGUUGGGGGGAGAGGGACGAGGGGAGGGCGGCGGGCUGGGGAGAGGAAGAGGAGUGGUGCUGACGGGGUUUGGGAGGGGUGGUGGGGGGCUGUUAUCCGGGCCUGGUAUGGGAGAGGCCGGGAGGGGUGCAGGAGAAAGGGGUUUGUAUGGAGGAGGUAGUGGUGAGAGAGGAGAGGGUUGGGAGGAAGGAGAGGGAAGAGGAGUUGGCUCUCACAGCAGCAGCAGCACGAGUCUGGUUGCACUCGGUAGCAGCAGUGGCAUGCUUACCACUGGUGGCUACUGGGCUGGUUCAACCUGUGAGGAGAAUGGAGAGGCGGAGGGAGAGGAGGACGCAGCAGUAGGGAGUGACACACUGCGGGUGAUUCAGGCAGUUCUGGGUCUCAUGCAGGUGGGAGCUUCCAGGAAGGGCUGGCAGAGGGAUGGUGAAGAGGGAAGAGCUGGUGGUGGGAAUGAGUUGAAGCCGGUGGAGUGCGGUUUGGUGCGAGAGGUAGAGGGGAGCGAGGAGGAGGUGGGUGUGGGAGGAGGAGGAGAAUGGGAUGGAGAUGUGGAGGUGGUGGAAGAUGGUGAGGCGAGAGGUGGAUUGAGAUUUCGGAAUGAAGAGGUGGAAGCAGAAGCAGAGGAGGUGGGAAAGGAGGAGGAUGAGGAGGACGAAGAGACUGAGGAGUGGGUGGAAGGGGAAGAGAUUGACUUAGAGGAAACGGAGGAGCAACAGGAGGAGGACGGAGAAGAGGACGAGGAAUAUGAGGAGCAUGAGGAGUACGAAGAGGAGAAAGGGAGUGAAGAAGAGGAGCUAGAGGAGGAUGUGUCAAAGGAAGAGGUGGACGGGGAAGAGGAGUGUGAAAAUGGAGAUGAAGUUGAAGAUGCAGGGGGGGUGGAGGAGGAGGAAGAGGAAAAUGAAGAGGAGGAAGAAGAAGAAGAAGAGGAGGAAGAGGAGGAAGAGGAGGAAGAGGAGGAGGAAGAGGAGGAGGAAGGAGAGGAAAACUUGGAGGAAGAUGGGGAAGAGGAAGAAGAGGAGGAAGUAGAGGAGGAGGAAGGGGAGGAAGAAGAUGAAGAGGAAGAAGAGGAGGAGGGGGAAGGGGAGGAGGAGGAAGAAGAGGAGGAGGAGGAGGAGGAGGAGGAAGGGGAGGAAGAAGAGGAGGAAGAAGAGGAGGAGGAGGAAGGGGAGGAGGAGGAGGAGGAGGAGGAAGGGGAGGAGGAGGAGGAGGAGGAGGAAGAGGAGGAGGAGGAGGAGGAGGAGGAGGAGGAGGAGGAGGAGGAGGAGGAGGAGGAGGAGGAGGAGGAGGAGGAGGAGGAAAACGAGGAGGAAAAAGUGCCGAGUGUGAGGGAGAGACAUGAAGGAGAUGGGAAAGACGGGGCUCAGCACAGCAGAGCGAGGAAGGAAGAUAAGGAUGGGGAAGCGGCGCAGGAGCAACGGAGGCAGCAGCAGAUUGCAGAGGAGGUUGCGAGGCUGAGAGCAAGGCUCAAGGAGAGAGAGAGGAAGGUGGCUUUGGAGAGAGAGAGGUUGAGGCAGAAGGAGGAGGAGCUGGAAAGGCAGCGAGCGAGAGGGAGGAAUGUUGCUGCUGGGAGGGGCGAAGAGCAGAGGGCGGUGGUAGAGAGGGUGAGUGAGAGGGAGGAAGGCGGUCAGCUGCACGGUGGGGAAGAGUGGAAGGCACAGCAAGCUGGCGGUGAACAGUGGCAACGAGGGCACGAGCGAGGGGACGAGGGAUGGCGGAGGGAAGGUGGUGGUGGAGAGGAAGCAGUGGCUGCAGCGGGCCUCUUCCAUCUUGCAUAG